GGAUAGGAAAUUCCAGUUCAAUCAAAUGCCUGACAACCUCCAUUCUUCCUCACCUUAACCUCUUCGGCCACGCUUCUUCUUCCACCUGUUGAGCAGAGGCUGAAAAAGGAUAAAACGAGAAAAUCGUCAGCUUUUCAAGAUUUUUUCUUAAUCCUGUCUCCUUCCUCUGUGUCAAACUCAUAAUUUGCAGAAUUCCAAGAUAGAAGAAGAAGACAAAACAGGGAUUAGGAAAUCACUGGAGGAACAAUGAAUUCAAAGACUAGAACCUUUACAUCCUCUGAGAUUAUUGAUAUAACUUCAAAUUUCAAAACGAUGAUUGGGAAAGGAGGAUAUGGAAAGGUUUACUUUGGCACCCUGAAGGAUGGCACUGAUGUUGCUGUUAAGGUUCUGCCUUCAUCAUCAGAGCAAUGCCGUAAGGCAUUCAUAACAGAGGCAAAACUGUUGACUGAUGUCCGCCAGCGCAACUUGGUUUCUCUAGUGGGAUAUUGCGAUGAAGAUGGUAAGGAGGCAUUGAUAUUGGACUAUAUAUCUAAUGGAAAUUUGAAUCAUCAUUUAUCAGAGAAAAGCAAAGGAGUUUUGAUAUGGAUUCAAAGGCUUCACAUUGCCUUAGAUGUUGCUUGUGGGUUAGAAUAUUUACAUGGUCGAAAGCCACCAAUAGUUCACAGAGAUUUGAAACCUGACAACAUCUUAUUGAAUAAAUACAUGCAAGCCAAGAUAGUUGAUUUUGGACUAUCCAGAGCUUUUGCAACAGAAUCAGCUACUCAUGUAUCAACUCGUGUCGCAGGCACAUUUGGAUACCUAGAUCCCGAUUCUUUUAAAAUGGGACAAAUAAGCAAGAAAAGUGACGUGUAUAGCUUCGGGAUAAUUCUACUCCAAUUAGUUACUGGUAAGCCAGCAGUCAUAACACCAGAAAAAGAGGAAAGCAUUAACAUAACUUACUGGAUUGAUCCUUUAAUCAAAAGAGGGGAUAUCCAGAAAAUCGUUGAUCCAAGGCUAAAUGGUGAAUUCGACAUCAGUGUCGUACGAAAAGUAAUAAAGAUAGCAGUGUCAUGUGUGAAGCCAAUUAAAGAAAGGCCUGACAUUAGUCAAAUAUUGACAAAACUUAAGGACUGUUUAGAUAUAGAGGUGGGUUUUUCAAGAGUGUUGGAUGAUACCAUCAGACCCAAUAUCCUACUCACACUCUACAGAAACAUAAGACAAAAAGUGGCCUUUAUGAAAUCAAUGGAGGAGCAACAAGCAGUGAAUUUAGGGAAUAUUAGAAUCUUUACCCGCACUGAGGUUGCUACAAUAACUUCAAAUUUUAAAAAAGUUAUUGAGGAACGAAGAUUUUACAGAGUUUACCUUGGCACUCUGAAUGAUGGCGCUCAAGUUGCUGUUAAGAUUUUGUUUCCAUCAUCAUUUAACGAUGAAUAUGAUGAAUUCCGAACCGAGGUAGAACAAUUAAGUCACCUUCGUCACAGAAAUGUGGUUUCUGCAGUGGGAUACUGUGAUAAAAAUAAUAUCAAGGCAUUGAUAUAUGAAUACAUGGCUAAUGGAAAUUUGAGACGGCAUUUAUCAGGAUUGGAGUAUCUGCAGAUGUGUCGCAAUUCAUUUAUAGUCCAUAGAAAUUUGACAUCUCGUGUUAUCUUAUUAGAUGAAAACAUGCAAGGCAAGAUAGCUGAUUUCGGAUCUGCUACAUUCUUGCAUGAAGAAUUUGAAGAAUCUGCUGAAAUUUGUGGGAAAUUGGGAUACAUGGAUCCUCAGUAUCUUUUGAGGUCAAAAGUAAACAAGAAAACUGACCUCUACAGCUUCGGUAUAAUUUUACUAGAGUUGUUAACCGGUUGGCCUGCUAUAGCUCACGAGUGCGAUCCUCUUCCGCAUAUAAUUGAUCGGGUAGAGCCUAUAAUGAAGACAGGGGAUAUCGAAAGACUUGUUGAUCCAAGGUUGCAAAGAAAAUUCAAUAUCAACACUGCUUCAAAAGUUGCUAAGUUAGCAAUGUCAUGUGCAUCGAAAUCUGCAGACCAAAGGCCAGACUUAAGUCAUGUGCUUGUAGAACUCAAGGAGUGUUUGGCACUAGAGAUGCAUUCCCAACAAACCGAAGGGAUACAAAUCUUCAUGGAGGAACCACAAGAUUCAGAUGAAAUCUUAAGUCCUCGAUAGGUAAUAGUAAAGGCAAAGGAUUUUCUAUUUUCGAGUGCACAAUAUUUUCUGUAUGAAUUCCCAUAUGUAUAUAAAAAAAAUGUUCACCAAUAAAACUUUUCUCAAGUCUUGGUUAGUUUUUCUUGUGUCAGUGCAUUAAACACAUUGUCAGAGG